AUGAGAUCGACGCUGCGCCGCCUGCUCGUCCGGACCACUAUCACACAACUCCCAAGGCCUUCCCCUGGGUGCGUGAACUCCAUAUUUCCUCACCACCGGGUUGUUGUGGAUUCUCGCACGGACAGCAUCUCCGUGUUGAACCACCGGAGCAGGACCUCGCUCCGAAGACCCGACCCAGCCGAUCGGUGGUGGGGGUCUGAGCUGCUUUUUGAACGACAUCUGGAACUCCAACCAAGUAGUAAUAAAUUGCUCUUCAUAUAUUUCAUCGUCAUUUUGGAUACACCACCAGAGGCACGGGCGUUGCAGUUUGCUGAUCGUGAUGCCAGUUACAUACACCUCUUAUUAAAUCAAGUAGAUCGUCACGCUCUUUGGUCCUCACAUAUUGCGAGGGAAUCAACAACACCGAAGCCUGCUGCUUCUCUCCCCUUUGUGGAUGUGAGGGUGAUUUUCGCUUGCAGAUUCUCUGCCAAGAUGACGAGGAUGGGCAUGCCUGUUACGACAGGCAAGCAGUUUUGGACGAGACAUCAUACAGUGACGGCAUCAUAUGGGUAUCGAAUGCCCCAGAGUAUAGUGUUCUUUGGCACUGUUUUCGGCUAG